CGCCCAAAAAUGAUUUGGAUUGAAUGAUGAUGGAUUGGAAUCUUGAGUUGAAAGACUUUGACCGGAUGGUAAUUGAAGCUUCUUCAGAAAUAUGGAAUAUACUUCUGGAACUUCCAGAGGAAGACAGCUCCAGUAGAAAGGAAAGUGAGAGUAGUCCGGAAAGUUAUUGUCAAACACCGGUUUCCAAUACAGAACGCGUUCCUCUCAACUGUGAAGUAUUGAGCACAAUAGAAGGGAGUGGAAUCUGUAGUUUAUACAAUUUCUCGUCAAGUCAAAUGGAAACUGAACAACUUUUACCGGAGUCUUGGUUUGGUUUGAAUGUGUCUCUUAGCAAGGACCGAGUUGGAGUAUUCCAAUCUUAUUGCCGUAUUGGUGUCUUUAAUGAAAAGUUGCAACUUCAGCAGGAAAUUCUAUGUUCUUUGAAUUCUACUCUGGAGGAACUUUACAUGGAAAUAUUUUGCCGCAACUCGACUAUUGCCACGAAACUUCUGCAGGACUUUUCGAGGAAUUUUUUAUUCUGCUUUGAAAAUUUUUUCUACACCAAAUUAGAAACUUGGGGAAGUAACGAGUACGUGCGAAAUUUUGAAGACUUUAUUAAACGUGAAGACUUGGAAAGGCACUUUGGAAAGGAGUUCUUGAGAGAAAUGGUAGUCAAAGAUGCUCAAGGCGUACAGUUAGGAAAUCUGUCUAUCCGGUUUGGUGUUCCAUAUGCUCUUUUGCAUCUGGGAGAUUGUGAACAUAAACUAAUAUUUCAGGAUCUAUUUGCAGAUAUUUGUGAAGAGUCGCAGAAAGUUUGUAAAACAGUAUUUCUGAAGCCACCAAAACCUCGUAUGUGUGGAGCUUGUCGCGUCAAGAGCUCAGUUGUUGUUUGCCACAAUCAUCAACUUGCGGACGCCAGCCCCUAUUUCUUAUGUUGUGGUAGGUACUGCUUGACAAUGUUUGUCUCUUCAUUGACUUUGAAGAAAGACUGCUAUGAAAGAGUAAAGUGUGAUGCGGAAACUUCAAGUACUUAUCAGCUGCAUUCAGAGCAUCCUUCUUUUUUCGAGAACUAACUAUUCAAGUGAUAUGAGAAGCUUGACUUCUACUGUUUAUUUUUCGUUGAAUCGAUAAAGUGGCUAUUACAAAG